UGAUCGAUGGUGUUUGGGGUCUGCGAGGGGUGAUCGCGAGCGCGCAUUCCCACGGCGGGUGAGUCAGCGGACGCUCCGUAACCAUGGAGACGGAUGAUGGGGAGUCGUCCAGCAGUGGACCCAUGUCCAGCCUGAACAGCCUCUUCUCAUUCACCAGUCCUGCGGUGAAGAAGCUGCUGGGCUGGAAACAGGGCGAUGAAGAAGAGAAAUGGGCGGAGAAGGCUGUCGACAGUCUGGUGAAAAAACUGAAAAAGCGGAAAGGUGCAAUUGAGGAGCUGGAACGAGCGUUGUCCUGCCCCGGAACGCCCUCCAAGUGCGUCACGAUUCCACGAUCGUUAGACGGUCGGCUACAGGUGUCACAUCGCAAAGGGUUACCCCAUGUGAUUUACUGCCGCGUUUGGCGUUGGCCUGAUCUCCAAAGCCACCAUGAGCUUAAACCCCUGGAGAUUUGCCAGUACCCCUUCAGCGCGAAACAAAAGGAAGUAUGCAUCAACCCUUACCACUAUAAAAGAGUGGAAAGCCCUGUUCUGCCACCUGUUUUGGUGCCUCGGCAUUCCGAGUUCGCGCCUGGACAUUCCCUGCUGCCUUUCCAAAGGACCACCGAACCGGCGAUGCCUCACAACGUGUCCUACUCGGGAUCAGGUUUUCCCCCAUCGGCAAGUUCUGAACUUCCUGACACUCCUCCACCGGCGUAUUCACCUCCUUCUGAUGACACAGAAACUCCGGGAGAAGUGGCUCCAGUCUCCUACCAAGAACCUUUAUAUUGGGCUACAGUAGCGUACUACGAGCUAAACUGCAAGGUCGGAGAGGUCUUCCACUGCAACUCCCAUUCGGUAGUAGUGGACGGUUUUACCGACCCCUCGAACAAUAGCGACAGAUUCUGCCUCGGACAACUCAGCAACGUGAACAGAAAUUCGACCAUAGAGAACACAAGACGCCACAUAGGAAAGGGUGUGCAUUUUUACUACGUGGGCGGCGAAGUUUACGCCGAGUGUUUGUCGGACGCGGCGAUUUUCGUACAAAGUCGAAACUGUAACCACCAUCAUGGAUUCCACCCUUCGACUGUAUGCAAGAUACCACCCGGUUGUUCUCUGAAGAUAUUCAACAAUAGAGAGUUUGCACAAUUGUUGUCCCAAAGCGUGAAUCACGGUUUCGAAGCCGUGUAUGAAUUGACAAAGAUGUGCACGAUUCGAAUGUCGUUCGUUAAAGGCUGGGGAGCGGAGUAUCACCGUCAGGAUGUAACGUCUACCCCUUGCUGGAUUGAGAUACAUCUCCACGGUCCUUUGCAGUGGCUCGACAAGGUCCUCACACAAAUGGGUUCCCCGCACAAUGCCAUCUCGUCCGUGUCUUAAUAAAGUUCAAAUCUGGUAUUAAUUUCAAUCUCACAAAAUUCACUAUUUCCCGCUGCAUUUUUUUUAUCUAGGUUUUUUGGAUUAGCAAAUCAUGUAAGAUUUUUUCUUUUACAUCGAUUAAGCGUACUUUUUUAUUACAACUUUGGACAAGAGUGAUACUUUAUGGUCACAUUCGAGCUAAUAAAACAAAUCCCAAACUAAACAC